CAUCAAGGCACACGUCGCGAUCGCGACGUGGAAGAGUCCACCACGACCACAAAGAGAGAAGGAAGCACACACACACACACACACACACACACAUCAAACAUAAGCACCGCACUGCAAGCACUGCACGCAAGCACUCUGCAUGCAACUCAAGGCAACGCCCACAACAGCAGCAGACAGAGACAAAUAGAUGGAAGCGGAGGGUUCACUCGAUCGCUCGAUUUCAGGCUGAACCGUUUGACUGCCGGAUCCCACAACCGCUCUCUCGCACGCACGCAGGCAGGGCCCCUUGCGAGCACCAGCCGACCGGAAGGACUGGAGCGAUCUGAGCGAUGGCUCGUGCCUUUUGUGCCACCGCACUCACCGCAGUGUUUCUGUUACUUCUCAGCACGCUGUCAGUAGCACAGCAGGGGACCAAUACGCAGGAUGAGCAAAGCGAUCUGCACAAUUUGCCAAUCGCCACCUGUCCCAUGAACACAACAACUGCUCUCAAUCGCUCAUGCGUCACAGGGGGCUCCGACAUCGUCUGUUCGCUCGAUGGCACAGAAUAUCGCAAUGCUGCGUGCGCUGUCUGCCAUGGUGUCGUGGGCAUUGUGCCUGGCAAGUGCCCAGAGGUCGUUGCCACCUGCACCAGCGUCGCCGAUAUGCAGGCCGUGCGAGCGUGUGUCGAGGGCACACAGGACCUGGUCUGUGGCACGUCCAUGAUCACGUACCGAAACAUCCAUUGCUUGGACUGCAGCGGAGAUGCGUACCUGCGCACCGGCGUCUGCGCAAACCCAGCCCCUCCCAUCGUGGACACGUGCUCUUCAAAUACCACCUGUGGCCUCAGCUUCCUGGACGCGUGCCAGACCCAGGACGCUUCCUACGUGUGCCAUAACGGCACCACGUACAAGAAUGCCGCGUGCGCCAUGUGCAACGACGUCCCUCGCUCCGCGGCCGGCACAGGCCGCUGCUACUCGCCACCAGCGCAACCGUCGCCCUUCUUCGAGGACUGCCCCGAGUCCGCGCCGCCAGCGCUCAAAUCCGCCUGCAGCGCAUCAAGCGUUGACCCCGUUUGCGGCUGGGACGGCGUCACGUAUCGAUCGCACGCGUGUGCGGUCUGCAACAACGUCCGCGCCCCCACCGCUGGCACGUGCGUGAGCUCAAACGUGUCUGACGUGCAUUGUCGCGAUGGAGACUGCGGUGUCAACGCCCACUGUGUCCGAGAUGUUGUUGACUGCGACUUUGAGACGCCGUGUGCGUGGGGCAGCGUACAUGAUCUUGGCAGCAGCAGCAGCGUCGCGGGUGAUGGUACCAGUGAUACAGAGUCUGCCGUUUCGUUUCAUGUUGUUGAUGUGUCUGCCUCCAACAACAUUGACGGCGUGCCAUCCGUUGACCACACGUACAUGAACCGCACGCGUGGCCACUACAUUGUUGCCAGUGCACACACACGCGCGCGUCUGCAGUCGCUGCUCUUCUCCACACGUGACCCGGUCACCCACCAUGCGUGCCAUGUUGCGUUUGCAUAUGCGUUCAGCGGUGUCGGCGCACAUCUCGACGUGUUUGCUGCCACCGCUAGUGAGCUUGCAUCCCCAACACUCGUCCUGUCUCUCAGCAGCAGCAGCAGCAGCAACAACAACAACAACAACAGCAGCAGCACCAGCCCCAACGACAACAGCACAGCCACAGCCGCACAGGUGUGGUCGACAGCCCACGUCCCAGCAGAGGCGCUGGUGGGCGUUGGCGAGGAGGUAGUGGUCCGGUUCGCCUUGAGCUAUGAUGAAGGCGGUGCUGGUGGCAGCAACAGCAGCAGUGUAGCCAGCGGCGUGUAUGUUGCGCUGGAUGAUAUUGCGCUCGUGUGUGACGGCGUGCAGGAGCACGUGUGCCGGUGUGAUGACGGCUUCCACAAUUCCGCAGCAGGAAUGGACAGUGAUGUUCUUGACUGUAGACCCAUUGAAGGUGACACCAACACCACCACUGCCACCGCCACCGCUGAAAGCAAUGCCGUGUCCGUGUGUCGCGCUGGCGCCACAUGCGAGGAAGUGCUGGAAUGCGAACAAGGGGCACCCGAUCUCGUUUGUGCAGCAGGCACCCACUUCAAGAAUCGGGCGUGUGCCAAGUGCAACUACGAGAUGCCCUCUGCCGUGUACAGCGGUGUCUGUCGCGCUGUACCUGAUGACGGUGCCUUCAUCGACGCGUGCCCGGCAACUGCUGUUGAGUUGUUUCAAAGCGCGUGCGAGAACCAGCCUGUUGACGUUGUCUGCUCAGACGGACGCAACUACAAGAACACCGCCUGUGCGCAAUGCAACGGCUUUGUUUCCUUCGCCACAUCAUCGGCGGUCAGCAGCGUUCCUUCUGUGUUCUUUGGGCCGUGCUCCACCGUCAUUAGUGCGCGUACGCGUGAUAUCGUCACCACUUGUCCCGACACAGCCAGUGCCGCUGAAGUUUCAAGCUGCAGCAGCGGUGCAACGUUCGUCAUCUGCGGCUCCGACGGCAACCAGUACAGGAACCUUGCGUGCAUGCGAUGCAAUUCUGCUUCCUUCUCUGGGCUUGGACUGUGUGGCGCUCAUGCUCAAGUGGAGGACGGGCGAGCCGUCAUCUCGACGUGCCCUGCAUCCUCCAACCCGUUCUUCGCCACGCUGUGCAAUACGCGCGAGCCGCGUAUCGUCUGCGCAAACGGCUUCAACUUCAAGAACACGUUUUGUGCGCGAUGCAACGGUUAUUCGAGUGAAGUAACCACUUCCCCAUGUCUUACACUGCAGUAUCCAGUGGUGGAGACGUGCAGCGGCAGCAGCAGCAGCACCACCACCACCACCACGUCUGAGGAUCAGUGUCAUGACUUCACACCCGACCCCGUUUGUGGCAGUGACGGCAACUCAUACAUCAACAGACCCUGUGCCGCGUGCAACGGGCUCAAUCCAAAUGUUGAUGUUGUGGACGGCGCAUGCUACGGCCAAGAGAUGGUGUACGAGCCUUGUGCAAACGUCACAUGCGACAUCAACGCGUCCUGCGCCAAGACAUUGCUGGACUGUGACUUUGAGACGGACAUGUGUGGAUGGCGCAACAGCAAAGGGGACGAUUUGCAGUUUCAGCGCCACAGCGGGUCCACGUCAACGGCACAAACCGGACCAACGGUCGACCACACGCUCAACACGACCGAGGGUGUGUAUGUGUUCAUGGAUGCGAGUGAUGGUGCGAGCGGACACGAGGCGCACCUGCUGUCUCCGCUGCUUACAGCGCUGCAAUUCGGCCACAGCUGCGUGCUGGAGUUUUACUACCACAUGUGGGGCGCAGACGUGCACUCGCUCUCUGUCGAGGUAAUUCGCAAGCAGGAGGACAACACGUGGAAGGAGCUGUGGCGUGUGGACGCAGGGAACACCCCGAGAGCCGAGCACCGCAACACUUGGCGUGCUGCACACGUCGACCUGUACGCGCUGCGCGAUGUCGGUGUGGUGCAGCUUCGCUUCGUUGCUCGGCGUGGCGAUGGUCCACAGGGGGACGUGGCCCUUGACGAUGUGCGGAUGGUCUGUGGAGACGAGAGCAGCGGCACGUGCGUUUGCAACCCUGGCUGGAUUGGUGAUGGCCAUACGUGCGUGCGCGAUCCUGAUGAGGUUGUGCCCACCACAGCACCUCCACCCAGUAACAGCAGCAGCACCAACAGCACACCAGCCACUCUGUCCCCGUCGACCACUACCCAAGCUGCAACGGACACCACGUUUGCGACCACCACCAGCGCCAUCGUGGAGAAUGUUGUUGAGUCGUGCAACCUGCCGGGUGGUAUCAUUGACCCGUGCGAGUACACCGCGGAGAGCUUCGUGUGCGGAGAUGAUGACGUGACAUACAAGAACGCCGUGUGCGCGCUGUGCAACGGCAUGACGCAAGUCGUGUCAGGGCCCUGCACCAAGAGCGGCGAUGCUGCGACCGUACACACAUGCACAGACCUGCAGAGCCCCUUGUUUCUGCAGUGCAACUUCCAGUCUGAGGAGCUGGUGUGCGCAGACGGGAGCUUGUACCGCAACAGGCCGUGUGCGCUGUGUGCCGGAUACGCUGAGGACAAGAUUGAGGAUGGGCCGUGCGACGGCAGCAUCUUUGACCCGUGCAGUGCUGUUCAGUGUGUGGACAACGCAGUGUGCACGCACACGGCUGCUGACUGCGACUUUGAGGAUGCUGCCAUGCCCCUCUGUGGAUGGACCAUUGACAGCGACGACGGUGAUGGUGGUAAUAGUGGCGGUGAUGGUGGUGGUGAUGAUGGUGGUGGUGGUGGUGCCAGUGGACGCUUCUCGUGGGUGCGGUGGAGUGGACCAACGCCGUCGAGCCAGACCGGUCCCAGCGUCGACCACACACUCGGCAACGCCACGGGCCACUACAUGUAUGCUGAGGCGACGGGAGGCUCGCAGGGGUCACGCACGUUCAUGCAGUCACCCGUGUUUGCGCCCUCGUCGCUUGGGUCUGGAUGCUUCCUGGAGUUUUGGUUCCACAUGUUCGGGCAACACGUGGAGCCGCUCACGGUGCAGGUGCGGGAGAUACGCAAUGCGACGGCAUGGGAAGAUGUGUGGCGCAUAUACCCGCCAGCCAAUACCGCGGAUGCCGAACACGAUGUGUGGAGACGCCACGCCACCAUCAGCUUGGCAGCAUACACCGGGCCCAUCCAGGUGCGCAUUGUUGCUGAACGCGGGAGCGGAAUUGAGGGCGACGUGGGCAUCGACGACAUUCGCGUGCUGUGCUCGGCGGAGACCGUUGGCCAGUGCGUGUGCAAGGAAGGUUACGCCAUGUCGAGUGAUGGCACAGCGUGCGUGCCCAACAUUCUUGCGUAUCUGUUGUCACGCCCCGACACGCAGCUUGCACUGCAGCUCAUCAAGGCAUCUGGAUUGGGCGAUUUCGUCGCAUCUGCACAAGGCCUGACGCUGUUUGCUCCGUCCGACGCCGCCGUUCUCAGCGCAUCUGUCAACCCAGAUGUUGACCUGACCGACAGGGACACCUUGCGUUCGUUUGUGCUGCACCACCUCGUCGGCGCGCCGCUGUUG